ACUUUGACUUUGGUUCAGCCGUUGGUCAGAUAAGAUCCGGUUUCUCUCCAGCUGAAGUGGCUUCGUGUUUUUGUUUGUGCGAUGCAGCUAAUGCUAACUAAUAACGCGGUGUCAAUAAUGACAAAAAGCCGGCUUUCUGCACAUGUAGUGUGGGCUGGCUUUAGUUUUUAAAGGGCUGAGGGUGCUUUGGAUGGUGUGCUGGGCGGUGUAACGUUAAUGGUGGACGCUUCUGCCAGCUUUAAGCCCCCCUUGGCACCAGUGUUGGUUCUGCUAUCUGGGGAUGUCUGAGGAGGUUGUCCGCCAGACACGCAGCCAGAAGAGGGCACUGGUGAAAGAGGUUGCUCCUCAGUCCAUGGAACCAACGGAUGAUGACAACGAAACUAAAAAGCCUAAAUUGGACUCAGAAGCUGAACCCACAACACCGACACAAACCAAACCUAAUCCUGAAGCAGUACUUGCACAGGACGAUGAAAACAUGACUCGGGACGAAUCAGAAUCCGAGAAGGAGCAAAGCCCAUCACCGUUAUCGUUAGUGUCACCUCUGGCCUCUGAGCCGGUGAAGGAUGAUCAGAUGCAGAACCAGAGACAUCAGACAGUUGAACCUGGCUCUGAUUAUCGGACUGACAGCAGUGACAGAGCCAGCAGGGCGAAGACAGAGCCGGCUAUGGAUACAAAGAGUCAGGUCCGACUGACGGAGCCUAAAGUUGCCAGUGGCAUGCUGGCUGCAGGCGAGGUGAAGGCCACCAUCAAAGUGGAAGUUCAGACAGGAGAGCAGCCCGUGGAUAUGAGCACAUCCAGAGGGAGUAUAAAAAGAGAGAAGCGCCCCCCAUCCCCUGAAGAUGACGAUGUCAUCAUCCUGUCAGAUAAUGACUCCCCGAGUCCACCGAUGAACGGCUUGAGUCACUUUAAGGAGCUCGACACAGACUUGCUCAUGAAGAGCAGUCCAGCUGAGAGGGAGCACAUCAUAAAGCAGCUGAAGGAGGAGCUGAGACUGGAGGAGGCCAAGCUGGUGCUGCUGAAGAAACUUCGACAGAGCCAGAUACAGAGGGACACGGUCCAAAAGUCCUCUGGUCUGUCUGGCUCCUCUGCUCCGCCUCCGUUGAUUCGUGGUACAAUUACAAGCAAUAAAGGCUCCCAGCAGAUUAUGACAGCAAGGAGUACAGGCACGGUCAUACCUCCGCCUUUGGUAAGAGGAGGGCAUCUGGUGUCAUCCAAACAUGGCUCCCACAUCAUAAUGCCACCUCUGGUGAGAGGGGCACAGCAGAUCCAGGCUCUCCGCCAGCAACAGCAGCAGCAGUUGGCUGCCUCUGGAGGCUCAGGACCCCCUCCUCUGCUGAUGGGUCCAAAGACAUCGGCCCCUGCAGGCCAGGGCCACAGGGGAAUGAUCCAGCCAGGUUUCAUCAGAGUUGGCAGUAGUGCAAGCACACUGGGCUCGCCAUCAAGCUUAAAGGGCUCUUCCUCAGGAAGCACCGGCCUGUCUAUGGUUAGUAUGAAUGACUCUCCAGCCAGUCGCCAAGCAGCAGCUAAACUUGCCCUGCGUAAACAACUGGAGAAGACCCUUCUGGAGAUACCCCCUCCUAAACCGCCUGCCCCAGAGUUUAACUUCCUACCCUCUGCAGCCAAUAAUGAGUUCAUCUACCUGGUGGGAUUGGAGGAAGUGGUACAGAAUCUGCUGGACACCAUCCACAGAGGAAAGACAGGUGUUUCGGCGUCCAAGCCCAGUGUCAAAGACCCCUAUAUCUGCACCCAGUGCAACACUGACUUCACUAGCCGCUGGAGGCAGGACAAGACAAAAGGCGGGGCAGUCCUCUGUGAACAAUGCAUGUCAUCCAAUCAGAAAAAGGCUUUGAAAGCUGAACAUACCAGCAGGCUGAAAGCAGCGUUUGUCAAAGCACUUCAACAAGAGCAGGAAAUAGAGCAGCAUAUUAUUCCUCAUACAUCCUCAUCAUCAUCACUGAAAGCAGAGCAGCUGGUCUCUCAGCAGCUGAAGCAGGCUCACGCUAGAGCGGCCUCCCUCCAGCACCACCACCAGGCCAGCCGGGGUACCAACAUUCUUCACCAUCACUCCAUCAAGCAGAGCUCCCAGGGCCACCUGUCCCACGGUGUCUCGUCACUAGGGGUGAGGGGCGUCCCCCACUCCUUCUCCUCCUCCUCCCAGCUGCAGAGUGCAGUGGCGGCCGCGGCUUUGGUUAGCCGGCCAGGUAAGCACGCCAAUGUUUCCCACCGCUCUGUCCAGAGUUCAAAGGUGAGCAGCAGUGGGAUCGGCGGCGGCCGGAAUGUCAGCGGAGGUAGUUCCUCAUCCACUGCAUGGAAGAAGCAGAGCAACAGCAACACAGGAGUCACCAUGGCCUACGUGAACCCCAGCCUGACAGGUCAUAAGACGUCUGCUACUGUUGAUGCUCGUCAGAGGGAGUACCUGCUGGACAUGAUCCCCUCCCGCUCGUCAAUCUCACAGACUGCGAACACAUGGAAAUAAUGUCAACUGUAGUCUUCUUUCAUUGUUAGUUUUUGUACAGGUUCCCCAACUUUGAUAAGUUGGUCAAUAGCUACCCCCGGAGGACUGUUAAGCAAAUACAAUCUCCUAAAGUGAAGAAAUGUUUCUUCCUUACAUUUGUUAUGAUUGUUGUUUUAGUUUUCUUAUUUCUUGUUGUUUAUUUUGGGAUUCACUGUUCUCUGGUAAUUGUGCAAAAACUUUUUUUAAUUUGAGUGGGGCUAAAAAAAUCCAAUACUUGAAGGGCUUCCCCUGGUGUACCCAUGUUCUCCAGACUGGGUGGUUAAAUUUUGUGCAAGAGGUUAUAUCUGCAUUGAGUGCUUUGGUAUAGUAUGAGUACUCUGUUUAAGUCCUUUCUGCCAUGAUGUGGGUCAAACUGACACAUCUUUCUACACUUGAAUGGUUAUAGUCACGCCCAAGAAUUCAUAUUUAACAAAGUACACAUUUGUUAUAAGCAAAAAAAAAAACUAUUUGUAAAGUUUGAGUUCAACAUCCUUGUCAUUAUGUUAGGCUUUUUUUAAAGUAAGUUAUUUUUGAUUUUUUUUUUUUUGUUGACUGAUUUUUAAGAUCACUCAAAAUAUUGUGGUUUCACAAAUUAGUUUACUCUAGCUUUUUCUUUUUCUUGUUCAACAGCAUGCCAACUUUGAACCCCUCCAUUCAUGUUGCACCUUAGCUGAAAAAGCAUGGUGUCAUUGCUUAAUUCAUCUGUAAUUACCAUUUGUAAUGAGCUUAUUUUAUAUUGUCAACAUUACAAGAUUAUUUUGAGGGUCAAGUCAAUGCUCACAAAAUUCAAACUCUGAAUUUGUCACACUGGGGCUGGAGAUCUUGAUUCUGUUUUAUUCAACUAUAAUCCCCGCUAUAUGCUGAGUAUAUUUGUUUAGAAAGGAAAUCUUACCCAGUUACCAAGACCCUGAAACACAACCGUCAUGAUCCAUAUCCUCGCCAUAUUGCAUAAUUUCUCUGCUCUUCACUGCAUUGUACAAACUUGUGUUUAAGUUUAUUUGGUUUACUUUUUUCCUAGCUCCCAAUGACAUAAUAAAAAAAUAUACAUUUUAAA